AUGUGGGCGAGUUCGGACGGAGGAGCGCCGGAGGUGACUCUCGAAACUUCCAUGGGCGCCUUCACAGUUGAGAUGUACUACAAGCAAGCUCCCCGGACUUGCAGAAAUUUCAUAGAGCUGUCUCGUCGUGGUUAUUAUGAUAAUGUCAAGUUCCACCGGAUCAUCAAGGAUUUCAUAGUGCAAGGUGGAGACCCUACUGGAACUGGUCGUGGUGGGGAAUCUAUCUAUGGUCCUAAAUUUGAGGAUGAGAUAACCCCACAGCUUAAGCAUACUGGAGCAGGAAUCCUAUCCAUGGCAAAUGCUGGUCCAAAUACGAAUGGAAGCCAGUUUUUCAUCACCUUAGCACCUGCGCAGUCACUCGAUGGGAAACAUACUAUAUUUGGUCGAGUAUGUAGAGGAAUGGAAAUUGUCAAGAGAUUAGGCAGUGUUCAAACUGACAACACAGAUAGACCAAUCCAUGAUGUGAGAAUAUUGCGAACUGUAGUCAAAGAUUAA